AUGAAUCAGAACUCCGUUCGCCGCAACCUCUUCCACGGAAAUCUCAGUCGCCGACCUGCCUCCGCUGGACCUCCCAAUGGCAACGUCCCUCAGAACACCAACGGCCUGUCCAACCGUCCCUCGCACCGAUUGAAAACUACGGCCUCGGAUUCAGCGGCACCUCGAGCAUUCAAGAGUCUGGAGAAUAGAGAUAUUGUGGUCCGGGACAAAAGUGGCAGCUACAAGCUUGAAAUUCCAACCUUACCAAGUGCUCUGAUUGGGGAGGAUGGGGAGGAGUUGGAACAGGCUGAGGAUGGGGGGUUCCAUGCUGAACUCACUGGGACUGACAAGGAGAAGUUCGAGGCGGCUGUUGUUGAGAUGAUGAUUCGACACCGGAACAGACAAACAAAUGGUGAAGAUGAGAUUCUGGGAAUGGUGCAUGAGAGUCUACGCAGAAAAGCCGCGUCAUUGGAUGAUGACAAUUGGAUGUUUGAGCCUGAGAAGGACACGUUCACUGACUAA